AUGGCACGCCAAGCGGAGAAUGAUGGAGACAUCAAUAGGCUGAACGAGACGACACAUUACGCCGGGGCAGCCGACUUCGAGGGUAGUCAUGAAGAACUGGAACAGGCCUCACCUCCUACUGCCCGGCAAGUGAGCCAUACUUUACCUCCACCGGACACCAUCGUCCCGUAUCUGGCUGAGGCCGGAUUCAGUGACACGGUACCCCUCAGGGAUUUUACUUUUGACAAUUCCCUGAUUUUGGCACUGGUGGAGCGAUGGCAUCCAAGGACUCACAUGUUUCAUCUCUCGUGGGGUGAGGUCACUAUCACCCUACAGGAAGUGGCAUACCACCUAGGCCUACGCGCACACGGUAACCCCAUCGGGGGGUGCCUCCAUGACUUUGGUAGGUGGUACCAUACGGAGACGUGGGCGUUGGUGGAGCAGCUACUUGGUGGCAGGCCUCUCGUGACAGCACAGCAGGCGGAGAAGAGGAAGGACUCCUUCACGCUAAAGCUUGUGUGGCUGCAUAAUCGUGUCUGCCAGAUGCCCCUGACAGACGAUCUCGAGACCCUCCGACAGUACGCCAGGUAUUAUAUCAUGUUAUUGAUCGGAGGGUAUCUGAUGACCGACAAGUCUAACAAUCUGGUGCACCUUUGUUGGCUAUCGUUGCUCUGGGAGUUUGAGGAGUGUAGGAUGUUUUUCUGGGGCUCGGCUGUGCUAGCCUGGACGUAUCAGUGA